CCGUCGGGUCCUGGGCAGCGCGAGGUGGCGGUGGCACUGCGGGGCGAGGCCGGCGAGCGCGGGGCGGCGCGGGAGCUGCACUUGACUCACCUGCGUGUCCGGCGGUCCUAGCACCGCCGGGCGGACCGCGGCCGGGCGGCGGGUCGGGGAGGACCGCGCUGUCCAGAGAGCGCCGAGAGCCCGGUCCGCGCCUCCGCUGCCGCGACGAGGUGCCGGGCGGGUGGCAGGCGCGCUCCCUGCGGCUCCGGGAUGACUUCUCCCGGCUCUAGUUUGGCGCCGCUGCUGCUCCUCUCUCUGCAGGGUGUCGCAGCUUCCCUGGAAGUCUCAGAGAGCCCUGGGAGUAUCCAAGUGGCCCGCGGUCACACAGCAGUCCUGCCCUGCACUUUCACUACCAGCGCGGCCCUCAUUAACCUCAAUGUAAUUUGGAUGGUCAUUCCUCUCUCCAAUGCCAACCAACCUGAACAGGUCAUUCUGUAUCAGGGUGGACAGACGUUUGAUGGUGCCCCCCGGUUCCAUGGUAGGGUAGGAUUUAUAGGCACCAUGCCAGCCACCAAUGUCUCCAUCUUCAUUAAUAACACUCAGCUCUCAGAUACAGGCACCUACCAGUGUUUGGUUAACAACCUUCCAGAUAGAGGGGGCAGGAACAUUGGGGUGACUGGUCUCACUGUUUUAGUGCCCCCUUCUGCCCCACACUGCCAAAUCCAAGGAUCCCAGGAUAUCGGCAGCGAUGUCAUCCUGCUCUGUAGUUCAGAGGAAGGCAUUCCUCGACCAACUUACCUUUGGGAGAAGUUAGAUAAUACCCUCAAACUACCUCCAACAGCCACUCAGGACCAGGUCCAAGGAACAGUCACCAUCCGGAAUAUCAGCGCUCUGUCUUCCGGUUUGUACCAGUGUGUGGCUUCUAAUGCCAUUGGUACCAGCACCUGUCUUUUAGAUCUCCAGGUUAUUUCACGGGCAUUCUUUUACUGGAGAAGCAAAAAUAAAGAGGAGGAGGAAGAAGAAAUUCCUAAUGAAAUAAGAGAGGACGAUCUUCCACCUAAAUGUUCCUCUUCUGCCAAAGCAUUUCACACCGAGAUAUCCUCCUCAGAGAACAACACAUUGACCUCUUCCAACACGUACAACAGUCGAUACUGGAACAACAAUCCAAAAGUGCAUAGAAAUACGGAGUCAUUCAACCACUUCGGUGACUUGCGCCAGUCUUUCUCCCUGCACUCAGGCAAUGCCAAUAUACCAUCCAUCUAUACUAACGGGAGCCAUCUGGUCCCAGCUCCACAUAAGACUCUGGUCGUGACAGCCAACAGAGGGUCAUCACCGCCGGUCAUGUCCAGGAGCAAUGGCUCCGUCAGCAGGAAGCCUAGGCCUCAGAACACACACUCCUACACCAUCAGCCAAGCCACCCUGGAGCGAAUUGGCGCCAUCCCUGUCAUGGUGCCGGCCCAGAGCCGGGCCGGGUCCCUCGUAUAGGACGUGAGUGGAUAGUGUGUUCAGAAAAGAAUUAGUGGAAUGCCCCAUACAAGGGGGAGGGUGUGGUGGGCAAGUGCGGGGAAAGAAACACUUUCCUUAUAAUGAUACUAGUAAAAAGCACAAAGAAGAAGGCAAAUGGUGUUACCUGGCCACUAAGAUUUGUGAAAAGAACUGGAAUGUUCUGUCAUGAAGACUUGUUUCCCCACCACACAUGUCCCGGGAUUCUAUUCAAUAAGCUGGAUCUCAAAGAUGUGCCAAGCCAAGGAAAAAGAUACACGAGCAGAACAGCACUUAAAACUGAAACUGCAGUCCAGAUGGGUUUGUUCUUUAAUUCAUGCCUAACUUAAUAGUUUUUCAGGAGACUAAAGUGCCAGAUGGAGUUUAAAUAAUGCAAUUAUUUUAAAAGAUAGGUGUCUUUAGAAAUGUAAUGAACAACCCUGGGAUAUCUUCUGCCUCUCCUGAGCAUUCCUUCUUUCUGUACAGGGCUAAUGGCAUGAAUGGUAAACACUGGUCCCAAAAGGGCUGGCUCUUGUAUCAUAGAAUCAAAAGAUUUUACACAAACAAAAUUCAGUAAGAAAUGGGGGGAAAACAAAUGCAAUUCUUUGAAAAGCCCCUUCAUGUUUAUUUAUUUAUCUCUUCCUGAACCAUGAAUUUCCUACUUGGAAUAUUGCUAUAUUGACAGAUUCUCGCCCGUCUGUGUUUUUCCAAGGUCUGCUACAGGUCCAUGAGAAUUACUGUUGAUUACUUCCUGGAAAAGUAUUUUUUUAAAAAGAACACUACUUUUUUUUUUUUUUUUUUUUAAAUACAUGAGAGGCAUUGGUCUAGGAAGGAAAACUGUUGUCAUCACCACAUUCAGUGAUUGUGUUUAUCGAGCCCGGCAGGAGGCCCAGCAGGAAAGAGAGAGGUUGUAUGGGCAGCACAGGAGCAGGGAGGCAGGUGUGGGGCCGAGCAUCCUGGCAGCCUCUUCGCAGGGCUGUCCAGGUCUCUCUUGCUAUCACACUGGGUUACUCUUAAUGAGGGCAGCACCUGAUGCCCUUUGUACCAAGUGAGACAACUUUCUCCUUGUUUGACAAGUAGAGGUUAGUAGGUUGUUACAGGGAGGGCAGGAGUUCUUUUCUUUUUCCAAAAUAAUUAUUUUUGUGAAAGAGAUGAAACUAAGACUAAAAGGAUGUCUUCAGAUAUGCUUCUGGGAGGGUCUGCCCUAUAUUUGUCAGAGCUCAGGGUUGCAAUUUUGCCCAAAUGUAUUUGACACCGCUGUAAAGAUAACUCCUUGUGUGAUUAGUUACGUGGUGUGGCAGGACUUGGAGUCCACCAGAUAAUUUACAAACUCCCGAUUCUUUUUUGUGCUGUGUAGAUCUGGCCAUACUUGUAUUGGUGACUAUCUCGCCUUAAUUACACUUUAAGCAGCACACAAAUGAUUUACUUCCAAACUUUUUUCUUAAUUAUUUAUGGUACUGACCCCGUGAUUCAGUGAGAGCAUCUUUUCUUUUCCCGAUGUGGUCUCUUGCUCCCUUUUCCCACUAUGCUUUUUUGCCCUUUUUUCCUGCAAGGAUAGUCAUCAGAGGGAGUAGCCUCCUGAUUUUCAGACUUAUUUGAAUAAAUGGAAACCAACAGCUGCUGCAUACACUAUUUUUCCAAGAGGGCUAAGCUCAGAACCUAACCAUUCCAAUAUUGAUGAAAAGCUGAAUUUACUUUAGCAUGAGUUAUUUUUUCCAUUUGAUGGUUCUUGGCUUUGUAAACAUUUAAGUAAACGAAUGUCUAUACUUUUUAAUAAAAGUGAAAAUACCAUGACACAGAGAAGAUGCAACUUUCCUAUGUUGUUAGAAAGCAUUUAUCUUGCAUUUCUUUAUUCUUUCU